UAACAUGAUAUUGUGUUUGUGUACCAGUCUGAUGUAGAUCUAGCCUCUGACGACGAGGACACACACCAUACUGGCGUAUCAUCACCCCAGCAUGACCUGAGCGCUUGGAGGGUUAGUAUACCGAGCGUCGAGAUGAAGUUAGAAGGAGGAAAGGAAGGAUUUGUUUUCAUCAUCGGCAUUCAGAGGAUUGAUGUCAGAGAAGGAGAUGGAGAAAAGAACUCGUGGCAGGUUGAAAGGAGAUACCAUGAGUUCUAUGCACUGGAACAGAAGUUGAGAGAAUUUCAUGGUGUGUUUGAAGAUGCUCAGCUGCCUGUUAGACGGCCGUUUGGAAGCAAGUCACAUGACUUCAUGGAGAAAAAGAGGCCUGGCUUAGAGAAAUAUCUCAGGGUUCUUCUCACCAAGCCCAUCCUAAGGGGAAGCCAGCUCCUCUAUACAUUCCUGACAACCAAUGAAGAGUUUGUUAAUAAGAUCUUUGGAGAUGUCAAUCUAGGAAAAUUUGUGCGUUCAGUCUCAACCAAGGUCAUCAAGGAGAGAGGACAGCAUCUUGAGCCUUUCCUGGUAACUUUCUUAGCCUCAGUGGAAGCUGCCAAACCUAAAGCAAGGACGGAUGAAUUUGAAACAGAUCCAAACCUAACGGAUAAAGAAAUGCUUUCCAAUGUCCAUUUUGAGAACAAUGCUAAUCAGGUGUUAGACCGGUGUAAUCUUAAGGAACCUUGGGCCAAUCCAGAGGCCAACUACCUACAACUCACUGGAAUCAUUCAAUAUAUCUUAUACUUGGCUCGUUCUGUUCUAGAUGUGCCUGUCUGGAUGCAUCAGAUGACCGUCACUUUUGCCAAGAUAUUUGGAAACUCAUUGGAAACUUAUGUAGAUUAUUUCGUCAACACCAAGACAGAUUUGUUGAAGACGGAGCAGAUGGUGGAACAUAUCAUUCAUCUCCUCAGAGAUGUACUUUUCUUUGAUGACGAUCCACCCAGGACGGAUGCACAGAAGCUUGAAAGGAAAGAGUUUGCUUUUGAACAGAUGCUGAAAUUCUUCCCAAGUAUUGUACCCAAGGUGCUUGGAGAAGAAAAGUUCUAUGAUGGAUGUAAGACCGUCUUUGAUUCUCUCCAGUAUCCCAAGCUAAAUAAACAGCUAUCGUAUAUUCUCUUGGACAUUGUCAUCAAAGAAAUCUUCCCGGAAUUAUCAGAUGAUGAUGACACAGAUGAGGAAGCACCACAGUACCAGGAGGAUCACUAUGAGAAAGACUAAAUUAAAUUAUACCAUAGGAGGGUGUUGCAAGGAAAUAUUUGCAAUCGAUUGCAGAUAUUCUGUUGCAAUUUUACAACUGAUAAAGCAAUGUUAACAGUAGCAAAUGAGAUUACACUCCAUGUUUCAAGGAGCAGAUUAGCAAUCAAUCAUGAAUUUGCAGUUAAUUGCAAGACUUAUGAUUGAUUUUAUUAGAGACCAAAAAUAGACUUGCAAUUGAUUGCAAGUUUCUUGCAACACCCCAUUAGUCUGACAAAUUUCAUCCCUGUAUUUUAAAGGGGAAGUUCACCCUGACAAAAGAAUUUAUUGUAAAAAUUGAAAAAAAAACGUACUGGUGAAAGUCUUAGGAAAGUCUAUCAAAGAAUAAAUAUUUAUAAUUUAUAUUUUUAGAUUUGUAAUGUCGUAUGCAAGCAGGUUUCAUACAUAUUGUAUGGUAAAAACAUCAAUGAGACAUUAUUUUGUUGUAUCUUCUCUAAAUCAAUAUUCAAAUCAUUUCCACCCCCGCUCAUGAAAUGAUUUUAAAAAAUGAGUCAUCGUAAAGCAUUAGAGAUUUAAAAUUUAUGAUUUUAUAUUACAUAGCAUGGUUGCAAAUGACAUCACAAAUCAAAAACUUUAAAUUCUAAUAACUUUUUUAAUCUUUGGAACUUCCUCAACUCUUCACCCAUAUUUUGUAUUAUUUUUUCUGCCUUUUUGUAGCAAACUUUUUUUGUCAGCGUGAACUUCCCCUUUUAGUGACCAAAUGUGUUGAAUAUGUGUGUAGAGAUCGAUCAACCCAUUUCGCACUGGUACUCGGUGCUUUGUGUU